AUGGUGGAUUCCAAAAAAAUGCGGCUCGCUCAUUUGCUCCUAUAUGGGCUUCUGGUCCUGGCUGUGGAGCGCAUUGGUCGCUAUCCAGGGACGGCUGCACUGGCUCGUGCUCAGAACAAAACCCUCAACACGAUCAACAUCACGACAAUCCUGGGCCGCGACGACUCCGAUCCAGUCCUUAGCGGCCGGGUUGCGCAAUUCCAAGUCGGCAUCGAGAUGGCUGUAGAAGAGAUCAACAACAACACCGAUCUGCUUUCUGAUACCAUCAUCAACCUGGUCCACCGGUCGUCUGGGAACAGCCUCUAUGGGAGAACAGUCGGAGCCGCCCAGGCUGUCCAAGCCGUACUCAACGACAACGCCGUGGGCAUCAUCGGAGAUGUAUACAGCCGAGUCACGGUUUAUGAAGCUGUGAUUUCGUCGGCAUACGGCGUUCCGCAAUGCGGCAUCUACAGCACGGCAACGGAUUUGAUCGACCCCAUACUGUAUCCGACCUUCUUCCGCAUGACGCAGAGCAAUCGCGAGAUUGCGUCGAUCUUUGUGCGCUUCAUUGCCCAAAUGGGCUGGACGAAUUUUGCAAUUCUGUAUACUCCUGACAUCUACGGAAGCGGAGUCGAUUUCGGGCUCGUCUUUGACAGCCCGUCUCGGAAACCAGUUUCGAAGAGCGACAGCGUAUUCCAGAGCCCAUCGUCGCUGUUAUGGAAAUCAAGAUUCGCCUCGUUUAUGAGAGCCAAUCCGCAAAUUCAACUCGACCACAACGACGAGGCUAUAUUCAACUGCAGAUUGGCAUACGAUGCCGUGUAUACGCUGGCCCUUGGGCUGGACACACAGAUUCAAAACAACGCCUCCUGGACCAUGCAAGAUAUCAUCAAUCGUCGUGUUCAGUACGGAAAUACAUCGCUCAUCACCAACGUGACGUUUAACGGCGCCACCGGCACUGUUUCAUUUGACAACCUGGGCCAAGCUGUCCGAGCAAUGACUCUGUAUGCAAUCAACGGCAGCGAUCUGAGCCAGAGUAAUCUCGUGGUUGCGUCCGGGACAUACCUGAAUGUCUCCACAAACUGCACGGGGUGUUCGUUUUGGAGCUACAAUCUCGACAGCCAGGUUCCGAGCGAUCUGCCGGACAACUAUCAGUGCGAUCCUGGAUGGGAGUUGAUUUUCUCACCCGCGCCCAUAUGUGUUCCCUGUCCCGAAGGCACAUACAACUUGCUUUCGUCUUCGACCUGCCAAGCAUGCCCAGCCGGCGUUAUCUGCGACAACAAUCGGAUCCAUGUGAUGCCGUCGUAUUGGGUCGAUCCGGAUGCCAACCUAAGCGACCCGGGUGUCUUUGCGGCCUCUGUAUUUUACUGCGAGUUCAACACCGGAUGUUGCAAUCAGAAUCCCCAGGGAGCUGCGCCAUGCACCAUCAGCAACCAGUGCGCCUCGCCGGAUCACUAUGGCCCGCUCUGUGCCAAAUGCGCCAAUGGACUGUACAUGUGGGGCGGCACAUGCGUCAACUGCAGCCAGUCUGAGACAAUGUACCUGAUUCCAUCGCUCUACAUUCUCGGGGUGAUCUUUGUGACAAUUGUGAUCUAUCUGAUACCCAAGGAGGCUGAAUGCUUCCUCGAUGAUCUGAUCCUGGUUUGUCAAAUCACAUCGACUUUGACAGGAAUGUCGGGCAUUUCGAUUGCGCAAUACCUCGUGACAGUAUCAUCGUCCCUGCUGAAUGUUCCGAUCGACAACAUGUGCGUCGCGCCGAUCAACUCCUUUGGCCAGAUGCUACUUGGCUAUGGCAUGCUGCCCCUGGUCACCUUUGGAUUUGCAGUGUGCAUUACAUGCACCAUGACAGUGCGAUUUCUGGUUCCAAGGAUCCCACUACUUGCUCGAAUUGUAAAGACGCGCAUCUUCCAAACGGUUCGUGCCAACUACCGCUCGAAUAUCUUCUCGACCCUGUCGGCGCUGUUCCUGAUGGCUCACUUGCCCGUGAUCAGCACAGCCUUUGAAUCAAUGGUGUGUCGGUCGCUGGGACCGUAUAGAGUGUGCUGGACUACAAACCACAUUGCAGCCACAAUCUUUGGGAUCGCCGUGAUCGUCCUGAUGGGCAUCGUAGCCCCGCUUGUGCUCUUUCUCAUCGUCAAGAACGCCAAGAAUGGUGGCCACCUCUAUGAAAAGUCUCGCCCCGAAUACGUGUUCCACGGCGCUUACAAGCCAACUUACUACUGGUGGAUCUCAAUCGACAUUGUGGAGCGGACGACGAUCAUGGGGAUCUCGAUUUUGCUCGGAGUGGACGAAUACCACCGCAUCGUCAGCUUGAUGUGUGCUGUAUGGUUUUGGCUUGUUCUCAGGAUAUUUGUGAUGCCGUGCAAAAAAUCGAUCGACAACUCUGUCAAGAUUCUUGGCUACAUCAGCAUAUUGAUCCUCGGCGGGUUUAGACUCGAUCUCAGCAACGCUGUGCUCACACAAGGCUACUCGAAAAACGAUGCAUCGGCAUACUCUACGGCGUUCUUCAUCCUGCCCCUGGUGAUUUUGGUGCCCAUCCGGUUAUUGAUGGCGGUCUACGAUAAGCCUCUCGAUCGGAUCGCCUCGAUGGCGUGGAUGAGCCAGAGCCGCACGUCCAUCCCACCAGAGAGCAUCGGGACCAAGCUGCCAGAGCUCCCAGAGAGCAGCGACAAGCCUGCAGUGGAGGCGCUUUACGAGAAGCCUCGGAUCAUCGAGGAGCUCAAAGACGAACCUACUUCCAAAUCGCAUCUGGAGCCCAAAAGCCAGUCAACAUCACUGCACUCCCUCAAUGAAGCGCCGCCCCCCAGUCGAAAGCCCACCGCUCAACAAAGAAUCAAGGCGGAUCAGGCCCGGCUCGAAAGCAGACGGUUUUCGAAGGGUGUGCUGGAGGAAGUCUAUGAGUCUCUCCAGCGAAUGCAGGGACGAUCAACGGACGAUGGCUGGUGCAACGAUAUUGUACCUGAGUUCCCGGAUCACGGCAACGAAUCAUAG